UUAAUUGAUACUAAAGAGAAUAAAGGGAAAAAAUGUUGCAAAGGGCAGCAACAAAUGCAUAUACAUGGUGGUGGGCCAGCCAUGUCAGGACAAAACAAUCCAAAUGGCUGGAACAAAGCCUCCAAGAUGUGGAGGACAAGGCUGCAGAGGCUCUCCAAAUCAUUGAUCAUACCGGGGACUCGUUUGCGCAAAGGGCGGAAAUGUACUACAAGAAGAAGCCAGAAUUGAUAAAUUUUGUGGAAGAAACCUUAAAAGCAUAUAGAUCAUUGGCACAGAGAUUUGAUCAUAUUUCAAAGGAGCUCCAAACAGCGAAUCGCCAACUUGCCACAGCGUUUCCAGAACAAGUCCAGUAUAGAAUGGAUGAUGAUGAUGAAUUUGAUGUGACUUUUCCUGCAAGCAAUGCAUCUUCACAGGAAACACACAAUCAAACACAAAAAUCAGACAUUUCUAAGGCUGCAAGUGUGAGAAAGCAGAACUUGAGGAGCUAUUCCAUGUUGCUGUCUAGAAAGGGACCAUCUAGGAAGAUUGCUGGCUUUGAAAAAUAUGCCCCAACAAUACCAAUUUGUGGUUUCAGUAAGGCGGAGGCGCAUGCUCAAGUUGACAAGCUUCAAAAGGAAAUUUUAGCUCUUCAGACUGAGAAAGAGUUUGUGAGGAGUUUGUAUGAAGGUUCCUAUGAUAAGUACUGGGAAAUUGAAGACCGGAUCGUAGGAAUACAGAAAAUAGUUGGUGACUUGCAAGAUGAGUUUGGAAUUUCUACUGUCAUAGAAGAUAAUGAUGCGCGAACUUUGAUGGCAACCACGGCUCUGGAUUCAUGCAAAGUGAAAUUGACUAAAUUGCAAGAAGAACAAUUGCAAUCUUCUGAAGAAGCUAAUGCAGCAUUCCAAAAGGUUAAGGAAUCUCAUGAAAGGAUUGAAACACUUAAGGAAGAAUUUCUUUCUAAACAUUCAAUUCAACUAGACCAAGGCACCGAAACAGAUCUGAGUAGCAUAGACAUAGAGGAAGAGUUGGCUGCCUUGGAAGAUGAGCCACACGAGGACGCAGAGCUUCUGAAAGAAAACAUGGAAAAUCUUGAAGAAGAUUCAGAUAUGUCCCACACUAUGACAGAAAUCGUAGAGUUGAUUGAUAAGCUUGUUAAUAAGGUUGUUUUCUUGGAAACUGCAGUCUCUUCUCAGAAUGUUUCGGUAAAAAGGCUAAUGUCAGAAGCAGAAAAACUUGAGACAAAUAUAAAAAGCUUGGAAGAGGACAAGGAAAUGCUGUUAGAUGAUUCAGAAAAAACCAAGAAGCUGCUGAAGGAAUUGGAGGAGGAAAUGAAGAGAGUUAAGCUUCUUAACAGGAAUGUCAGAAUGCAAGAAAAUAGUAUCCAAUCAAACUUCACUGAAGCUAGCAAUAAUCUUGAGAAUCUUUCAGAAAAAUUGAAGGAUGUGAAGCCAGAGGAACACUAUACACCUUACAAGAAGAGAAGUGGUGAUAACUUAGCUAUUAUGAAAGAUGUUGAGACAACAAAGGAAGAAAAGGAAGAUUAUGCCACAGAUCUAAGCAAUAUGACAGGGGAAGUUAACAAAAAGGAAGAUUAUGCCACAGACCUAAGCGAUUCAACAUGUGAAGAUAACAAGUCCAAGUCAGAAGAAAAUACUGAUCCUAUUACUGAAAGCAUUCCUGAAGUAAUAGAGAAGGAAAAGGAUGAUUUGCCUCAGACAGUUGAUAGUGUGGAUAUCAAGACGCCAGAAUCGGUUGCUGGUGAGGAAGAAGAUCAGCCUAACAUGAGGCAGAUGUUUGUCAGUGGACUGGAUGACAGAGAAAAGAUUCUGUUGGAGGAAUACACAUCAGUUCUAAAGGACUACAAGCUUGUCAAGGUCAAGCUCCAUGAGAUGGAGAAGAAAAAUUCUGAGAGCAUUAACGAGCUGGAACUUCAGUUAAAUGAGUUCAAGAAGGUCAUUUCCAUGAAGGAUGAAGAGAUAAACAUUUUACAGCAGAAGCUGAAUAGUUCAUCAGGAAGCCAGCAUGCAGGAACAAGAUGA